AUGCAUCCGCAUCAGCAAUACAGAGUCCAGGUCAAGGAAGAGUACGAUGAGCUCGGAAUCUGGGUACCGGUGAAGCAAGAACGAGAGUCCGCAGAGAGACUUCCCGGCGCAUUCAUGAAAGAAGAGCCGACCAAUCAUACCACCACUAUCCACAACAAACCGCAGAAGAAGAAGAAAGCCAAGCCAACCGAACCCUUAACAAAGCGGGAAAAUCAUGUCCAGCGUCUCGAGACGAUGAAUUCCCUGCUCCGCAAAGACCUUAGAGAGGCCCGCGACGGAAUAACAGCACAGCGGCUGAGAGAUCUUGAGACCCAAGUCCACCUCCUCCAAGGAGUCGUGGGACCAGACAAAACCAAUAUCCUCAGAGAUCUGAAGCUGGAGAAUCUGCAACUACAGAAGAGGAUUGACAAUGUGCAGCGGGAAGUCGAUAACGCAAAGCGAGACAUUCGCGCGUACAACAACGGCGCCGAGCAUAAAGAAGACAAGGCCAUGAUUGAAGCACUGCAGAACAAACUUGUACAAGCAAAGGCUCAGAACGAAUCGGCGGCGGUUCGUAACCUACAGAAGAAGCUGAGAGAGGAAGAAGUGAAGAGUAUCAGAGCUGAGAAGCGGGUGCGUAGGGCUGAUGAGCGUUUAGCAUAUGCCCUGGGCUUGAUGGGACAUACGGAUGAGGAGAUUGUGCAGUAUAUUGAGGACGAUGAGAGGCUUGUGGAAGAGCAGAUGCGUACCGAUGAGGCGUCGCUUGUGAGCGAAGAGAUCAUCAAGGAUGAAGAGCUAAUGGAGAAUGAGUGA